GCUUAAGAUGGUGGCAGUGGUUCUCAUCCUCCUCUUUCAGUACAAUGCCUAAAUGAUGGGACCUGGAAUGGGAGAUAGUAUUUUUUGUCCCUUGGGCUUCCAUGGUGACCGCUGUGAAUUCUACCCCUUCACAGGCCAGUGCCAGAAUGGGACCAUCUGGAACGGAAAAGAGUGUGUCUGUGCCCAAGGCUUCUUCGGUUACCAAUGCAAGUCCCUUGUGGACUCCUUCUUCCUAGAAAUCCCAGAAAUAAUCAAUGCCACUUUAGGUGUGACAGUGAAAGUGACUAACAAGAAUUUCACAAAAGAUCUGAAUAACAUAUCCUCCCCAGACUACUGGAAUUUCACUCAACUAUUCAAGAGUCAGAUGGAUAAAGCUUACAUGGGCAAAGACUUUCCCCAGUACAGAGGCGUGAUCAUUAGGAGACUGUUCAAUGGCAGUGUUGUGGUGGAACAUGACGUCAUCAUGGAGGCAAACUACACUUCAGAGUUUGAGGAACUAUUUGCAAACCUCUCUAAACUCAUAAAGGUCAAGAUUAUGAAUGAGACCAAAAGGCUAUCUGGUGAUUCUGAAGAGUGCAGAGCCUCCUCACAUCUGUGCUUCAGUGAGGAAGCCACCAUCGUGAGCGAGAACGUGAUGCUGGGGUUUGACUUGAAGGAGCAAUGCACUCAGAAGGCUGCGAAGGACUAUGCCCAGUUCUACUUUGUGGAUGAGCUGGAUGGGAAGCUGGCCUGUGUGACCAAAUGCACCUCGGGGACGAAGUUGCAACUGAACUGUAAUGAGGGAGAAUGCCAGCUGCAACGCAGUGGCCCCCGCUGCCUAUGCCCAACCUCGGACACACACUGGUACUGGGGAGAGACGUGUGCAUUGAGCACCAGCAAGAGCCUGGUGUACGGGAGUGUGGGGGCCGUGGGAGCACUGCUGGUGGCCAUGGUGGUGAUCCUGACCGUCUUCCUUGGCCGAUCCCAGAGAAAACUGCACAGGCAAGAAUACAAUUUGUGGCAAGGAGAAGAUCUUCCUGGCGGCUUCCAGAACACAGGCAUCUGGGAAGGUACUUCUCACCAGAGGCAAGGGUGGGGGCAAAGCUGGUGGGUGGAGAUAGGCCGAGAAGGCAUCACAGCCAGACACGAUGUGGCUGUGGGGGCUGCGUGGGUCCUGCCAGCUGGUUUUACAGGUGCUGUGCCCCUGGGCUAGGCCAGUUUCUCUACAGCCUCCUGACCCCUGAGCCCCCACGUGGUCCUUGCCGACCCUCGUCUUUUCUCUGCUCCUCCCAUGCCCACCCUUUCCCUCCCCCAUGCCUUUGCAAGUACUGCACCUCUGUCUGGAAGUUUCCCCUUGCUGGGGCUCUGCAAGUCCCAAUCCCACUCUGUCUCCCACUCUGGUUCAAACACUUCCUCUCCAUGGAGCAUCCCGUGUGUUCGGGCUCUUCUGAUUCCCAGUUGCCAUGGAAAGCCACCAUGUCCCGCAAGCCACCAUGUCCCAUGGUGCAGGGAGAUGAAGAAUCUCUAGCCACCACCAUCCCUGCCCCUGGGCAAGUCCUGCCUUCCCAGUUCCUCCAGACAAACAAUGGGGAGGGGCUACAGGUGGUGGAGAGCAGCCGGAUCCUGCCCCCAGAGACCACCCCCUGUGAGAGUCUCAGAUGUACUCACAGUUGGUGGGAGGACAGGGCCAUGCCGAGGGCUCCAUGGGCACAGAAAUCUGCCCGGUCCGGCCAGGGCAGGGCGGGAUCAGAAGACUGCAGAAGCACCCUCACCUGAGCCAGUCUGCAGGCUGGGCAGUGCUGUGGGCUGGUGCAUAAGCUGUGUGCUUCCUGCUUCCAGGAACACAGAUACCAGUGAGGUCGUGGAGAUCUCUGUGGGCCAUGAUGGAGGGACCCACUGGAGGGGCUUUAAGGGCAGGGAGCCAGACAUGCAUUUCGAGCAGCUCACUCAGGGUGAAUUGAGGGGGGCAGCCCUAAAGUGGGGAGACCAAGGGGAUGGCUCUGCUGUAAUGUAGGUGAAGGAUGAUGAGGCUGGGUGGGGACAGGGGGAUGGGAGGAGUGGAUAGCAGAAGUAAUUUAGAUGCCAGUGAGCUGGGCCAGGCUUGUUGCUCACAGGCUGGGGAAGGGAGAAGGCCUGGAUGGGGGGAGGGACACUGCCUGGUCGGGGCAGAGGCAGCAGGUGGGGGUGCACUGAUUACGGGGGCUGGUGAAUAGGGGUACAGAGGCAUCACCAGCUCUGGCUUAUCUGAAGCCUGGGGAGAAGUCUUGGCCAGUGGGUGGCUGGGAGGCGGCAGGAAGAAUACAGAUGAGAAUCUGAAGGAAGACAGAUUCGCCCUUGAAAACAUCUACAGCCAUUUCCAGCCCUCUCUGGAGAACGUUGACCCUACUACAGAGCUCAACAUCCAGAGGCCCAG